AUGGAUAUUUCACCCGAAGUUCUUGUUUUUCAUGCCCCCUUUUCCGAGCAGGCUACCAAGCCAUUGGUGUUGAAAAACACAUCGGAUCGCAAACUGGCUUAUAAGAUCAAGACCACGGCCCCGAAACUGUACUGUGUGCGACCCAAUGCGUCGGUUAUUGAGGCCGGUCAGACGAUUGAGGUGUCGAUUAUCCGUCAAGCCAAGGACCAGCCCAAGCCUACUGAAAAGUCCAAGGACAAGUUUCUUGUUCUGACAGCACCUGUUUCGGACGAGAUUCUCGAGAAUUCCGACAUUUCAAAGCUGUGGGCUACUUUAGAGGAGACCAGCAAGGACACCAUUGUUAACAAGAAAAUCAAGGUCAACUACGAGUUCGGUACCGACUCUACAGGUUCUUCAGGAUCGCACCAUGGUGAAACCGGUGCUGCAACCAGUGGAUCCGUUGGAUCAGGCUCGUUGUCAUCUGCUGCUACUGGCACUUCGGAGUCUGGUGAUAGCAGCAGAUCGUCUGGUUUGCCCGUCAACUCACAUGCUUCUGCUUUGGCUGCUGCCACAUCGCAAAGUGAGGGUGCCGGUAACACCAGCAUCAUCGACCCCUCGCAAUACGGUACUCCACUUCGAGGAGGUCACAGCGAUAAUGCCGGUGCCGGAUCUGUUCUAGGAGGUGGUUCUUCUGGUGACGGUGCUGGAUCGAGUCCUGUGAAUGCUACUGCUGCUGGUAUUGUUGCUGCUGCUGCUGGCGGAGCUGCCACUGGCUCGUCAUUGUCUAAUGGUUCCAGUGGUGAAUCGACUCUCAAGUCGCGAAACAUCCCUAGUUCUGCCGAUACAGACCGAGCCUCUCAACGAGCCCAGGAACAAAUCUCGUCUCAAUCCAAGGAAUUGAAGGCUGCUGCUGCUGCUAACAGCUCGUCAUCCACCAGCGGAUCUGCCAAUGAGCCUGGAUUCAAGUCGUCACAACCCGGCUCGUCCACCGCUGUCCGCCAGCAACCAUCUUCGGGCGUCCCCCUCCACCUGGUCCUCGCUCUCGCCCUCGUUGCCUUUUUCAUCGGCUGGAAGCUAUUCUAG